AUGGCUCUCGGGAGUUCGCCAAGAGGCACAGCGAACAGAACGAGGAGGAGAAGUUUGCUCGACACAAAAAUAAGCGGUAUGCGGUUAGUUCUGCUCCUCAUCGCCGGAGCUAGCCUUGCUCUGUCGAAUGAAGAUUCCAUUGAUACAGAUGGGGAAGAGUCCAGGAAAAUCUUGGGAUCCAGUGUGGUGACAUCAGUGUCUGUAAUAAUGGAUACCGGGAAUGGUUCCAAGACUGUAUUCACUGACGCUGUUGGAAAACCUGUUGCGAAACCAUCUAGUGCCUCCGAACUGGCAAGCCCGAUAGAUCUGCUGAAUCCAGAUCGUUAUGAGUUUUACACCUUUGACGACAACGGUGACCUAAUAAAACGACUAAUGUCUCUAGAGGAAAUUCAAGGAAUCAUAGCCACAGGCGACAGCGACGGGUACGACCUCGAUUCCUUCACCUCUCUAGGGUACUUACCUGAAAAGAGAGUGAACGAUGUUGUGAACAACGUUCAGAACGUGCUUAAAGAAGAAAUGGAGACACACAAAGCUCCACCAGACCCGAAACCGAUUUUCGACACUCCUGACGUCUCAGACUCGUGGAGCAUGAUUUUGCCGGCAGUCUUCGGCAACUCUGGUGAAGAUAUCAAACCAGAACGACCUAUAACGCAUGUCACUCCUGAUACUAUUAUGGUGGAACCCAACAUGCAAAGUUCAUAUCCGUCAACUUCUCAGAAAAAUAAUGUUAUAACGACUUCCUCAAGCUUUGUCACUAGCGCUAGCACUCCAAGAUCCACAUUGUACUCUCAGCCAAUUAUAAAUGUUGAAAUAUAUUCAAAUUCUAAAUCGACUACUGAGAAACCUUUUGAUCAGUUAGGAAUAGAAAACUCACCAGUAGUAGAAAUAAAACCAAAUACAACUGAUGUGCCAAAAAUUAGUGCCACACCCACAACCACCACGAGAAAGCCUCCUACUACUGUAAAAAUAGAAGUUACUUCACAGACUACGACUCAAAUGGAGGUCAAAUUACCUUCGAUUAUAACAGAAGGUGUUACCAAACAGCCAAGUACACUCCCAGCGUUUACACCAUCAUCUCUUGGUUCAACCUUGCCUACAACUAAAACUCCAACAAAACAAACGACUCAACAGGUUAAAACAGAAUCUACAACUUCAAUUUUCGAAGUAACACAGCCUACAACAAUGACCACACCUCGUAUUCCAGUCUUAACCAAACAUACAACGGAAGGAUUAUCAACGUGGAGACCUGAACCAUUCAGUGCUGCUGCAACUGAAACACAAACAGUAACAGAAGAAGUACCGUUAUCAACGUGGAUACCAACACUUACUACUGAGAAAAUACAGACUUCAGCAAACCUAGAUGAUUUACCAACUCUUGCGGAACUACUAAAUUUAAAUAAGAAUUCCGAAACGAAACCAUCCGAACCAAUCACCACCACCAUGAUCCCAGAAGCGACAGAAAACGACUCGUCGACGAUUGCCGUACUUAGUGAUAAUAUUAUUAAAAAAGAACCUACGACCACUGAAUACCCAAUAUUAGAAACUAGUCAAAUAAUUGAAGAAAAACUGCAAUCCACGGAAAGGAAUGUUCCAGAGGACUUAACUACUUUGGGUUCUGAUUUGUUGACCACAAAGCUAAAUAAAGCUUCACUAAAUGAAAGUCAAUUAUUGGAAUCGACAACACAAAUGCCUUUACAAUCAACGAACGAUGAUCAAAAAGGUUCCGCUACAGUACUUUUGGAUCAGUUACUAAUCACUACAAAUAUUUACGAAAUCAACACGGAACUAGCUGAAAAAACUACCGAACAACAAAUUUUUAUAAAAACCGAACCUCCUACAACUACAGAACAAUUCUUAAUUAAAGUAACUGAACAAAACGAUGAACCUACGGAUAAAAAUCUUAUCAACAGUAUAGAACAGCUUCUCUCGCAAGCUGUUGGAAAUGUUGAAGAAGCUUUAACAGCUAUCAACGAUACAAAGACUAUACAGGAAAUGCUUGAUAGUACAGGUAGUAAAAACAUGUCCGAUGUUCAAAAACAGAGCGCAACUUUAGCAUCGAGUCUUAUUGAUUCGAAUAAUAACUCACAUGAAGAGAACGAAAAAACCACAACGGAAAUGAGUAUGCUAGAUGCCAUAACAUCCGGCGAAUUUAAUAUAUUAAGCGAUUCUGUAGGCUCCCUUUUAUCUCAAGUAUAUGAAAUAACAUUUCUGUUGCCUGAAACUACGACAGUAACCGAAAAAGACGAAAUUACUGAAUCAACUACUAUCACCUAUGUCCCUAUUAAUACCAUAAAUAAAGAUAGCGGAGGUAAUUCUUCUAAAGGUAACGACUUUGUACCACAUUUAAUAAAUAUUACCAUAAUAAGCACUGAUGAUACAAAAACAAAUAUCAGAAAUUCCAGUUAUAAACCAGCCAAGUUGGAUGUAAGUCUAGAAGAGUCAUUAGAUGAAGAAUUACAGAAUAACGCAACUGCUCAAAGCACUGAAAUCUACAUCGAGCAAAUCACAACUAGUACUGAUAUAUCGAACGAAAAAAUUCCAAACGAAAUAUUAAAAGCCGAAGAAACGAUGGCAGCUUUAUAUGACUCAGAUCCAGAUCCGACCACUACAAUACAGCCAGUGACUGAAACACUAACUGAUCUACCAGAGACACAAGAAACAACCGAAUUAUCUACUGAAGAAUCUACAGUAACAGCAAUUGAAACAUUGGCACCAAUUAAAGAAACUCCUGUAGAAAGGAGACCCACAACAGUUGUAAUAAUUAAAAAAACUGAAAAACCUCCAACAGAAAAAUAUUCAACAACAACAAUUAAAACUGGUGACAGUGUAGACACAACAACCAUAUCAGACGAAAAUUUAUUAGAAUCUACUACAUACUCUAAAUUAUAUACUGAUAUAACGGAAACGAUAUCACCAACAACCACUGAGCUUAAUCAAGAAGAUACUGAAACUGAGAGGAUUACUGAAAAACUUACAGAUGUAAAACCGUUCCUUGAGGUAGUUAUUAGUGAAGAUAAUAAAAAUAUAUCAGAGAGUACCAAGCUCCAGUACCCUAUGAAUCAAACCUCAAAUACUGACUCGACUCAAAUUGAUAUAACUAAAACAGAAAAUAAUAAAAAAGAUGAAGCUAAGCCUCCGUUAAUAAAUAGUAUUAAAAUAUCUACUCAGUCUUUGAAAAAAGACGAUUCGGGUUAUCCUAGCAAGAACCAAGAACAGAAACCUAGUGAAUCAAUAGCCGGAGGUAAACCCGAAGGUUCAUGGACUCUUGUUCCAACAGUAGCUCCCCACAGUGGUGCUGUUAUUAAAAAUGAACCUUCACCUCUCGAUCAAUACCCUGAACUCAUAGACCCACCAGAACCUGUCAACUUAGAGGCUAAACCUCUCCAAGGAUUUGGAUUAGAGGAUAGUACAUCUCGACUAGACACAGACAUAUACCAGUUCGCGCAGUUGUGCAAUGAAUUGGCAUUUGGAUUUUGGAAAACUGUCACAGGAGGGUUAAGCUCAGCUAGAAGUGUAUUCGUAUCACCUUUUGGAGCGACAUCGCUUCUCGCGAUGGUAUUUUUGGGAGCUAGAGGUGCUACAUCUGGAGAGAUGAACGAGAUACUGAGAUUAGAUGAUAUGGUUACAUUUAAUCCUCAUUUGAUUUUCAAAAAUGUUAGCGAGUCUGUUAAAGCCGAUGAGAUUGAUUCAGGAGUAGCUUCAUCGGCAAUUAUUAGGGAACUGUUCAGUGACAGAAGUAAGGGAAAACUUUUACCAUUUUACAAAGAAAGGGCCAAAGCGUUUUAUGACGGAUAUGUAGAAGAAGUGAGCUUUAGAGAAAUCGGGGACGUCAUUAGAAGGCGAACCAAUCUCCAAGUUAAAAAAUACACGAACGGGAAGACUAGUGAAUAUCUGAAGGAUAGUUCUAUCAACGCACGGUCACCCUUAGCCGGCGUUAGCGUAAAUAUAUUCCAGACAGAUUGCUCUCAAGCAUCAACAGAAGGGCGUGAUGGUGAAUUGCACUUUGUGGUUCUACCAUCUAUAAGACAAAGAAGGCUGAUUCCCGUCCCUGCGGUGGUGUAUAAAUCCGGAUUUCUAGCAGGCUAUGAACCCAGUUUGGACGCUACCGCGAUAUCUCUUGGCACCAAGGAUCAGACGGUCAGCACUAUUCUAGUAAUACCUGGCCAGCAAGGCAUCUCUGCGCCAGGAGACGGCCUGUCGAGGUUGGAAAAGAGACUCGUGGAAAGCUCUUUUAAGAAAGGAGCUUGGUCGAGACUAUUGAGAUCCCUUAUCCCAAGGCCUGGAUUGGAAGUUCAAAUCCCCAGAUUUUCCCAUAGAUCAGUUAUUAACGCCACCGUAGCUCUAAAGAAAAUGGGCCUGCACGAUCUCUUCGACGUGGACAAGGCUGAUCUCCGCGGCUUGAAUGGCGUCGCCAACGAGCUUUUCUUAUCGGAUAUGCUGCAGAUAAACAGCUUCGCUACUUGCGGGGAGAAGAGAAUUGGCGAAUCCCACCACUCUGAAAUUUACCCUGCUACUGCCUUGAGAUCCCGAAAUUCUAGGUAUUUGGAACACUUUGAAAGUGAAGAGAGCUUCUGGAGAAGCGACCUUCUGGAGGAACCCAGGGACUACCAGAGAGCCUUCCACGAUCCUCUUCAUGAUCCCAGUUUUCUGUCUUUACCUCUACCGUUGCGUCCAAGACAAGCGCGUGUUCCAGACUCGCCAAGAUUGAGAUUUGAUAGACCUUUCAUUUACUUUAUUCGACACAAUCCAACAGGUCUUAUUUUACACAUGGGAAGGUUCAACCCUAGACUGCUGCCAUAAGAACGUGAAUUUUAAAUUUUACGCCCAUCGUGCGUGAAUUAAGGAAUUGCUUAGAAAGCUUUUAAUAAUCUAGGACUUCAUCGUGAACUUUCCGGUUGGUUGCUCUGUUGAUAUUGUUAUGGUAUUUGAAAUUUUUGUGAUAGAGGGGGAAAUGAAAUAUGUUAUCUAAAACAAGACUUUCUAAUUUAGGCCUUGUAAUUUUUGUAAAUAGUUUUAGAGGUAUAAAUACUCAAUUUUGAAAUGUAACUAUAAACUUUGUAAGUGUAAUUUGUAUUUCAAACAUAUUUUAAACUUACCCAGAAUGUAAAAAGUAAUUAUAAUUAUAGUUACAUGUCGAAUAUUGUCUCUCAUUCAGUUUAUUUAUUGUUUUGUGGCAUUAGGUAUUGUCAAUUUUCAUUUCAUUCGCAAUAAGUAACGCAAAUCAUCAUUAAUUUUAAGUGUAUCAUGUAUAUUAACUACACUUAUUUUAUUUAAAAUGUACCACAUUGCACAUCUUAGUACAAAAGCUUAAAGCCAUGUCAGUUAUGUUAACUAAAAUUCUGUUCCUAUAUUGUACUCAAAACUAACUGAUAUUAGGUAAUACAGUAUUAAUUUGUGCAAUUAUGUUUUAUUAAAUUAUUGUCUUCAUUAGU